GCGCACAGUCGCAUCCGAGCAGCGAGCCCUCCCCUCCCGUUUCUCUCCGCCUGGAAAGAUGGCUGCUCCGGUGGUGGUGGUGAGAAGCUCCGGCCCGGCGCUCUGCCCGAGCUUCGCGGAGGUCUGUUCGUUCCUGGAGCGCUACGGAGCGGCGCUGGAUCUGCCCGAGGUGACGCUCCCGCAGAUGGAGCGGUAUCUGCGGGACACCACGACAGUUCCUAAACCCCUUGUGGAGCUCCACGUGAAGCUGCUCAGAAAACUGGGGAGGUCUGUGUCUACUGACCGCUGGGAAAAAUACCUGGCUAAGGUUUGCCAGGAGUUGAACAAUACCUGGGCAUGGGAAAUGGAACAGAAGGGCUACCAGGAAAUGUCCAUGGAGUGCAAGUCGAGCAUCCUUAAAUAUCUCUGCGAAUGUCAGUUCGAUGACAACCUAAAGUUCAAGAUGGCGAUAAACGAGGAGGACCCGGAGAAGAUGCGUCUGCAGCCGAUAGGUCGGGACCAGCAGGGCCUGAUGUACUGGCUUCAGCUGGACCACGAGCAGAACAUCCGGCUGUACACGGAGGAGCAGGACGAUCUGGACGGAUCCACCUGGAAGUGUAUUGUCAGGACACGUAAUGACCUGGCUGAAGCUCUGGAGCUGCUGAAGUCACAGGUUGAGCCGAACCCUAAUCAAGACCAGGACCCGAACCAAGCUGGCCCCGGGAGCCCCAGCCCCACAGUGCAAGAUGCAGGGGAUGAGGCCAUUGGAAGCACUAACCCCGAACCCUCCAAGACCGCAGAGGAACACACUGACAGUAAAACGGUUGACGCUGUAAACAAAGAGAAACCCCUAAGACCAGUGCUGAAGCAGGAGCAGACGCAGCCUGUCAAGCAGGAAAACACUGAGGCUGAGCUGAAAGAGGAGAAGCCUGACCACAGACCGCCUGCCUUUGAUAACCGCGUGAGCACGAUCACCACCAUCAUCAAAUCAGAAUCCAGGGAUGCUGAGGCCCCCAAGAAUGCUGUGUCGGUCGUCAUGGCACCAGGUGCGACUGUGACAAAACAGGAAAUGAAGAAGGAAGAAGAAGCAGAGCGGGCAGUUGUCAGGAGCAGCCAGCAGGCCAAGAUACCACUGAAGAAGAGGGAGCUAAAGCUUGCAGAGAGCUACCACACCAACCACCUUAACAACAGCAGUAGUAUUAUUGUUUGCAACCCCUCAGUGAUCCAGACCAAGGACAGUCAUGGACGAGAGGGGAAGUUAUCUGACUCCUUAGCGCCCCCUGGUGGUCAACCUGCCUCACAACAACAGCAGCAGCAACAGCAACAGCAACAGCUAGUGGUCACUGCAUCCAGGCAGGAGCUGACCAACGGGAGAGCAUCUCUCCUCCUGCCGCACAAAGAGGGACAAAAUGGAGUCAUAGGUGUCAUAGGUCAGGUUGGUGUUGUAGGUCAUGUAGGGGUCAUCCGCAGCCCAUCUGAGCGCCACAGAGCCCCCGGUGCAGAGCAACAGGAACAAAAUGGGCCGAGUUUAGACCACCAGGGCUCCAGAGCUGUGGAGGAAGAGAGGGAAGUGAGCCGGCAGUCAGUGCUGGUAAGGAAGGGACCUGCUGAAGGGGACGCGGCAGCAGCAGCCGCCGCUGCCGCUCUUCUUCCUCAUGUAGCAAUGGAGGCUCAAACAGCCAGAAAAUUAAUAUUAUCAGAGAGAAAAGUGGAUUCUGUUAGUGUUUCCUUGCUGUCGCAGUCCACAGAGGAACCCAAAAAACAGACGACAGAAGACCAGGGUAAAAAACUGACAGAGGAGCAGGUAGACAGGGGGACAAAAACACAUCAACAGAAAUGUGACAACCUGGAGGAGAGGGAGGAGAAGAUAAGAGAGGUGUCUGGGCACCCUGCAGCUGAAGAAGGAAGUAAAGAUGACCAUGAAAAGAAUAAAAGCACUUUAGGAAAGUUGGAUGCAGAAUCAGAGAGCACCAGUCCACCUCUGAACCAGAAGGAUAAAAAAGACCACCAGGGAGACGGAGUCAACGGUGGCUUGGCAGCCCCGUUUAGGGUGACGGGCACUGGGAUUGGAUCAGAGGAGAGGCAGGGUCCCCUGGAGGAGGCCUCCUCUGAGCUCCAAAAAGAAGGAAUCAGGUUAAAGAUCAAGAUUCCUCCCCACAGAAGAAACAAGGUAAAGGGGAAAGGAGUGAAGGAGGAGGACAAAGAGAGGGAGCAGGAGGUUCAAGAGGAAGGGAAGCCACUGAGGAGAUCUGCGAGGAUUUGCAGAUCAUCUGCUUUGCCAACCUGCAGGCCGAGCUCAAAGGCGGCUGAGAGCCAGAGAAAGAAACCGCAAAAGAAACAGGGUCUGUCCUCCAGAACGAGGGAGGAAGAGGAGGAGGACGACGAGGAGGAAGAAGAGGAAGAAGAUGAAGAGGAGCAGGACUCGACUACAAAGAGAGACAGAAAAACAGAACCUGUUGGUCAAAUAAGAAAACAAAGGGGCAAACGGAGGCAUCGACGCGCCCGAUGGUCCAACAUUCGUUCGAAGAGACGCAAACUGAAUGAGGGAGGGGAGGUGGAGGACAGCGGGAGGAAGCGAGGAGAGGAGGAGAGCGAAGGAGGGAGCGACUCAGAAGAAACAUGUAAAUCAGAGGAAAUUCCCAGUGAGGACGCCUGCAGUCACUGUGGCCUGCCCAACCACCCUGAACUGAUCCUGCUGUGUGACUCUUGUGAUAGUGGAUACCACACUGCCUGUCUGCGGCCGCCGCUCAUGUUGAUUCCAGAUGGAGAGUGGUUCUGUCCCCCCUGCCAACAUAAGCUGCUGUGUGAGAAACUGGAGGAGCAGCUGCAGAAUCUGGACAGUGCUCUGAAGAAAAGAGAGAGAGCAGAGAGGAGGAGGGAGCGGCUGGUGUACGUUGGGAUCAGUGUGGAGAACAUCAUCCCUGAAGGAGACGAGGAAGAAGAGGAGAAGUCGGCAAAGAAGAAAGAUUCCAAAAAGAGCAAAAAUCUGGGGAGGAGAUCGACCAGAACCAGGAAGCACAUCAGCUACAGGUUUGAUGACUUUGACGAUGCCAUCGAUGAGGCCAUAGAGGAGGACAUCGGAGACCUCUGUGGUGGCGCGGGCCAAGGCAAAGAAAUCACCGCCAUCCUGUCAGAGGACGGGAAGGAGAGCCAGCGGCCAAUCAGAAGCCAGCCCCGUUCUGCCAGAAACAGGAAGAAGCGGAGACUGAACGACCUGGAGAGUGACAGCACGGCAGCAGAGAGCGAAGACGAGUUCAUGCUCAGCAACAGCUCAGAGGAUGAGGAUUUUGCUGCAUCAGGGGCAGAGGAUGAGGAGGAGGAAGAUGAAGAAGCGGGCAGCGACGUGGGCAGCUUGGACAGUGGGACCCGCCCCAGACGGGCACCGAGAGGGGUACCUAAACACCGACCCAGCAAGACCCAACGCAGGGGUAGGAAGCGGCUGAGACGGCGGCGGAGACGCUCCUCUGAGGAAGAGGAGGAAGACACUGAAGAGGAAAUGGACUCCGAUCAGUUCAGCGACAUGACUGACAGCGACGCUGACAAAAAAAGGCGGGGCCUGAGGCGGGGCCAGCGCCAGCAGGUCAACUACCGCGAAACGUCUGAGUCAUCGGACAACUCCCGGACCUCCACCAAAAGGAACAAGGUUAAACCCCGCGGCAGACCACGCAAGGAGCGCUUCUCCAGUGACUACAGCGAUGUGUCGGCCUCUUCCAGAGACACGGAUGAGGAUGAUUAUGAAGACGAAGAGGACGAUGAGCAGAGGAGGAGAGUGAACAGGAGGAGAAGAGAGGAGGAAGACCUCCGGAGAAACCGGACGAGAGACAAGCGGAGAAGAUACGAAGACAACGAAGAGGAUGACAGAGAGAGAGGCCGGCGGCUGAAAAGGAAGCUGUUGGAGAAGGAGAAGGACAGAGACAAGCGGAGGAGAUUAAGGAGGACAGACAGAGAAGAGGAGGAGGACCUGGAGAAGAUGGGCAGGGGGAAGAGGAGAGAGAUUCUGUCACAGCAGCGGCGCAAACGACUCGCCCAGAUGCUGAAGAAACGGCGGCCUUCGACGGACGAAGACGAUGACGAUGAGUCGGAUGAAUCGGAAUCGUCGUCGGAAGAGGAUCGUCCGAUCCGCAAAAGACUCAACCGCAUCGACUCCGACGAUGAUGAGGAGGAAGAGGAGGAGGAAGAGGAGGGAAGACAGAAGAUGACGACCAAAAAGUCUUCAGCGGGAGAGAGGAGGGCCGACAGCAAGAACGACAGCGACGCUCAGGAAAAGGGGAGGGGCCGUAGCCUGUCUCCGUCAAACGGACAUCGGACCUCCAGAGGCCCGGCGAAGCCCGGGGCUGGAGGUCCCACUGUGCCCAGGGACAGUGCAGGAUCAGGCAGACAGGGCAGGCACAAUGGCCCCUUACAUCCAGGGGAGGAGGAAGAUGAGGAGGAGGAGGAGGAGGAGGAGGAAGAGGAGGAGGGCCAGACAGACUCAUUAAACUCUGUCCAGAACAGUCCGCAGUCAUGAUGGCUGUGUUUGUGUGAGUAACGCUCGCUUCUUUGUUUCAGUUUUUUUUCUUUUAACUGUCAGGCCUUUUUACCCACAAACCACCACUGAAACUGGAUAUCUCUCUCCCUCCACCUCUUUCUCUCCCCCCUUCUUACUCUCCUGUCUUGCUCUUCCUCCUCGCUGUUGUAAUUGUGGUAGAGUGCUAUCCACCAUCACGUGCUGUACGUCACAACACAAACUCACGAGUACUCAUUCACACUCAUCGUCACCCUCUGGCAGAAGGAGCCGGACCGAACGCGACCUCGCAGCUGGGACCGGCGGCACUCCGUGUUUUCAGUGGACGCACUCACACACACACAGCCGGAGGUUAUCACGACCAUUUCUCUGAGCUCUUGAGUUACGGACGUUGAGAGGAUCGUACAUUCAUCUUCAUUUUUGGACACAGGAAUCUGUUUGUAGUGUACCUCAUGCUAAAGCACAUCGUCAUUCUCAUAGCACUUAAUAACCCGCCACCAAGGCGAGUGUCAGUGUCAGACCGAACACUUUGGAUCAUGUGACCUGAUGGUUAGAGAGACCAGACCUGAUCCCAAAAACAAAAACAGCAGUUUCUCAAGUACCUGUAAUGGUAUCGACCCAUGCAGAUAGUUCUGGUUUGGAGACAUCCGUCUGAGUAGUUAACGAAUACUAGAGUUUACACCAGUUGUGAUGUACAUUGUGCAAACUUUAUUUGACUUCUGACUUUAAUGCCCUGACCCCUCUUCCGUAGUGACGUCGUUUAGGUCCUUUUUUCAAUAAAGAACUCCAAAUAUUCUCUGGUUACAGCUUCUCAGUGGUGAGGGUUCGCUGCUUUUCUUUGUCUAAUGUGAUAAUAAUCUGAAUAUUUUUAGGUUUUAAAGUGUUGGUCCCUCAAAAAACUAAUUUGAUGACACCAUUUUUGAGAUUUAGGAUAUUUCUGACGGGCUUUUUUUUUUUACUAUUUUCUGACAUUUUAUAGAACAGUUAAUUCAUUAUUUAAGAAUAUAAUCAGCAGAUGAAAGAAUAAUGAGAAGAAUUAGCUGCAUUCCUGGUUAAUAUAUUCAUAUAACUGCCAGCACUGAUUGCUGCUAACCGUUAUAAACUGCAGUGAGGACAUGAGGACCGCCUGAACAAUGUGGAAAAUAUUUAAAAACUGACCACCAUGCAGUUUAUUAUGGGAUAUUCAAAAAGGAUUCACCACUUGUGUCCUAAAACAGUAAAUUUUAACAUCUAAACACUGUUUUCCUGCACUGGGUUUCCUAAAGUCGACACGAGAGGCCUGGUAACUAAACUAGUUCCUAUCUUCUUGUGUAACUAUUAAGUUUUUACCAUUGACAUAUAAAAGAUGGACUUCCUUCCAAUGUACGAAAAUGAAGCUGAAAUAUCCGGAUACGGCCGCUGCCAUCGUACACUGGUACUCGGCGUGAUAAGAACCAUCUAAAAUGACAGAAACCAUCUUUAUUUGACGUGUGCUUUGUACGUUUACCAACCCAUCUGCUAACAUGGAGGGGGCGGGGUUUAUGACCUGUACUGCAACCAGCCACCAGGGGGCGAUAGAGAUAUUAUGUCAUGUCGUCCAUUUUUAUAUGUUGAUGCUUUUUGCUUCUAUUUUUACUCUUUAGUUCUCUUUUAACUUGUCUCUGUGGUGCAACUGCUUUUAUUUUAUUAAUGCAUAAAUCACAACUGUGGGAUUUUACGUUAUAACUGGGCGAAGUUUGAACUUACACACAGCUGGUGCAACAGUCCCCUGAACCGGUUGCAUCUUGUAGUAUCUUGAUCUUAAACUGAUCAGGAGGUCUCUGUGGACCAUUUUGGAUCCGGGUAACAUUCGGGACUUUCUCUCCGGCAUCCAAAGUGUUCGGUUUCAGGCUGCUCACUCAUUUUGUUCCACAAAGCCUUGACUUGUUGGGACCUGGUUUGCUGUACAUACUUUGCCUGUACGCUGUUCCUUGUAAGAUAAUAGAUGUUCUGUUCUCUUAGUCCUCUUGUAAAAUAUAGUGUUAUAUUUUCUAUAUGAAGGAGAGGAGGAGAGAUGCUGCUGUGAGCGAUGUGUGGAUCGAUAAGGUUUCAACAUCAACGGCGCGCUUGUUUUUGUUUGAGAUUCUGUGUGAAACAAGACCAGCAUGGAGCCCGUUCACCGGAGCUGAUUCAAGGCUCGCUCUCAGCCACCGAGUCGCACAUCUUUAAAGGUUUUUAACAUUUCGUAUCCCUGAGGGAGACAACAGGAGUUUUUAAGAAGGAACAGAUUUAUUUUAUUUUUUGAUUGAGGCUCAGGUGAAGUAAACUAACGCCGGUCACCAGUCAAACCAACUUUGUUUUAUUUUCUCUCUACCAACCGUCACUGUAGGGGUUUACACUGGUCUCAAACGGUUUCAUCUGGUGGAAAAGAAAAGUUUUUGUCGGGCAGAAAGGAAGAAUUCCUUUAACUUCAUCCAGUCAGAUCACUGUUCAGGCUUUAAAUGAGUUUCGUCCUGCUGUUCACACGAACCGAGCUGUUAGUGGGAGGAGGUGUUACUCCCCAUGUCUUUGGAUUCCUACUGAUUCCCCCAAAAGUUACUUACAGAUCUUUCUUUUUUUUAUUUCUUCGUGUCAGUAACGAGCAGGAUUUUGAGCUGAUGUCCGAACUCUGAGCCUGUAUUUGUCAAACUUCAGAGAAUUACACGUUUUAGUAAAAAGAUCUUCACUGAUAGUGAGCAGUGACACAGAUUUAUAAUGCAACUUAGUCGUACUUACAGCAGAGCGUAAGAAUAAGCUCAGAGCAGCUGCUUAGAUAUACUGCCAUACUGUCUUAAAACAAUCCUCCACAUUUUACUCACUGCUGUCUUUUUCUACAAAUAUUAUAAUCCUGAACAUCUGCAAUAGCAAUUAACAACAAUAUACUAUAUUUUUUAGAAUAUAUAAAUACACAGAUAGGGAAGAAAUCAUGGAAACAAAAUCAAUAUGAGAUUUACUCUUGUUUGUUUGAACCUCUGGUAAAUAUAAAAGAAUAAAAAGUCGUGUAACAACCCGUCAAAUGUUCAACGAUCGACAGAUUAAUCGAUGAUGAUGAUGGUUAGUUGCAGCCCUGCUCAGAAGAAGUGCUCUCUGAUCACGGAGGAUCAGCUCUAAACCAAGUUUUCUCUUAAAUCCAAAUCACAAUAAAUGUGAUUAAUAGCUUUUAUCUUCCUGUUUGUUGAGUGGUUUGAUAAAUACGGGCCCGGAUCAGUCUGCAGCUCCGGUUGUGAUCUGAUGAGUCUCACACGGCAUGAGAGCAUCUUUUAACGAUUCAAGAACAUUUACACUCAUUUACACUACGAUUAUAUUUAAAUUGGCCCUCAUUCAAGUUACAAACUCUUCAAUGUGAUCGACUCUGAAGCUUUUCAGGUGCAAGAAAUAAGUUUUGUUUUAAGAAAACAAAAUGCAGUUUUCAUUUCAGCAAUGUUUUUUUUUUUUUCCACAGUAACAAACUGGUCGAAUUCCCUUUUAAAAGUGUUUUCUGUGACGUGUUUUAGGGCCAAACUGCUCAAUUAAAAGUGCAUUUUCUUCACUUUUCAUCUGUGGAAAAUUGCCUGUUAGAGAAUAUAAAAUGAUCCUUAAAGGUCGACACGUAACUGCGAACUGAAGAUGCACGUAAAGAGAAGGAGGUUUAUUUUUUCUACUUUCAUUCCAUUUUAAAAUUGAACUUUUUAGUGAGUCGGGCACUUUUACUGUUGCCUGUAUGUGCCGAUCUUAUCAUAAUCUGUAAAAGGUCAUAGAGACGUUUGUGUAGCCAUGUUGUUCACCAGUGAUCUUGGUUUUUUUUUUUUGAUCAUGGUCUGAAACUUUGUUCAUGACAAAUGUUGUUCGACUGUAUCCUUUAUGAUCAUUUUGAAGAACAUACUUUAAUGAUUAAAAGACAAGAAAAUCAAGUUUCUACCAGUCAAACCUCAGAUUAUAUUAGUGGUUUAAAAAUCUGAAAAUGUUCAAAACCAGUUGAUUUGUGCAUAAAAUGUCAGCCUUAGAAGAAUCACUACUUUUGUUUGUUUGUUUGUUUGUGCAGAAGAACCUCUCAGUUUGCCAAAAGCAUCAAAUGAGAUUUAAUUGUUGUAUUGAUCGUUGGGAUUACUGCUACGUACUGGCCCUGCUCUCUCUCUCAGAUAAAUGUGGGUUUGUGGCAUUGACUAUAAAAAAGUUAAAAAAAAAGGCUGGAGUUUAAAUGUUCUUUCAGGUACUUUCCUGCCGUCGUUCAGGUGUUGUGGGACUCCACUGUGGAUAAAAAAAAACACCCGUUAGAUAGGAAUAAGAUGAAAUGCUCUUUGGACAGGGCCUCGUUAGCUGGAAAAUCCCCUUAAUGGCAGCAUGUUGAUCAUCACAGCAUUGAUUUUAUAUCAUCUCACCUGGACUCUCAGAGGAUUUUCACUUGAGUCAAAUCCAAUGUGUAGUUUUCUCUCAUCAGGAUGGUGCAGCCCUCUUUAAGGCGAGAUGAACCACCCCACCUGCAGUAAAAGGGAGAUUAAUGAGUCCAGAAUCAUUCCACUGAACCUGCUGAUGUGCGCCUGUGUUCGCCUCUGUGGCUGAAUCUGUUGGUUUUAAAAUGUUCAGUCCAACAAAUCUGGCUUCAAACAGGCACCACUGGAUGUGAGUGCAGCUCCUUCCAUUUCUCUGUUGUACUGUUACUGUAGUAUCGCUGUAACAUAAAUGUUUUCUAAGUUAUUAAAACCAACAUCCCAGGCAUCUCCUCAAAAACA